AACAACACACUCAUCAACAGUAGUCAAAAGCAGGCUGGAAGAGAUUUAAUUACUUAACUCAGUCAGCUAUGAAAUGGUAACUACAAGUCAAUGCUCAGUGGAAGGUAUAUUGUAUGAUGUGAUGUUAAUCACUUUAGAGACUUGUGAUAUGUGUCUGUUCUUUACAGUUACUGAUGGAAAAUUGUGAUGGCAUCCACCAUUUUAAAUUCUGUAUUUCUAAUAGCACCUUCAAAUGAACACUAAUUAUGGCAUUUACAAAAUGGUCGCUACUGAUAUAAUUUUUCCCUCUCAACCCCAUAGAUUUUUAUUGAGCAUAUUGUACUUUUGCCUAUUGAUGAAUGUGUUUUAUGACAGACAAAUCUCACAAUGACUACAAAGUGUGCUGUCUUUUGAAUGUUACAUUUCAGGAACCAUAUCAAAUACUAUUGUCUACAUCUAUGGCUGUGUAAUGGGUGAGGAUCUGGUAAGAACUAGAAGCCCUCCUAACAUUGCCUUUUAUGUUCUGUUAGAUUUGUUUUGUUUCUGCAAAACGAGGGGGAAAUAAAAAACAAAAGCAAUUUAAGAAAAAUGUUGCCUUCACUCAUCAAACUAACCAUUGUAGCAUGCCGGUUUGCCCCUGUCGCCACUAGUUACCGCAGCCACAAAGUCAUAAUUAUGGCUAUACCACGCGCAUUUCUACAAUUUAUCUUCUUCAAAUCCGAUUUUAAACCAAACCUUUAACCACGCUGCUAACAUUAUGCCUAACCUUAAAUUAACACCAAAAAGCUAAUUAGUAUUUUCAUUAAUUUUUACGAUACAUAGCCAAUUUGGACUUUGGCUGUGGUAACUAGUGACAACCGUUUGCCCUGAAAUAAUUAAUUACCCAUAGUGUAUUGCUUUGUAGCAACACGUGCUUGAUCGAACAUGUCAGAGCCCAUUGGAACGAUGGUUGAAGCCUCGAGCAGUGAAGAUGAAGAUCUAGAACAUUUUAAGGAAGCAGCUUGGAGUUCUGGCACAUGUGGAACUAAUGGUACACACAAUGCCAACACGGCAGAUGGGGAAAGCAAUGUCAAGCAAUCCCGUCGUGUGGCUGAAUCUAAACAUGAACAUGAUGGGAACGAUCUUCAGACGACCCCGGAGUUCCGUGCGCACGUUGCAAAGAAAUUAGGGGCUAUGCUUGAAAGUUGUAUUUCAGUGAUAUCUGCAGAAACAUCAAGACCCUGCACAGAGUCAACCAAAUGUGAAGAUGAAGGGUUCCGGCUGUUCACCACAUCCGUCCCAGGAGAGUUUACCAUUGAUCCCCCUCCUUCUCCUGUAAGGCGUUGGCCCAUCCCCAGCUCAAGUGACAGUGAGAUGGAGAUGAGACUGAGAGAGGCGGCAGUGUCAGUCACAGACCUAUCAUCGGCUCUCCCCAGCGCGGUUACACCUUCCCUGCCGGAGUCCCCCAGCUCAGAGAAAAUUAAGAAGAAGAAGAAGAAGAAGAAGAACAACGAAGGAGAGGAGGUAGAAAGAGAGGACCGUAAUAACAGCCCUGUCCCAAAGACAAAUAAGAAAAGGAAAGCUCUCCAGGGGGAGUGUGGAGAGGGAGAGAACUGUGGAGAAUCCUCACCUAAUGCUAAAAUCGAUGAGGAGCAGAAGACGCCAGAGGAGGACAGUCUUCCCCUGAAGGUCAAGAAGAAAAAGAAACAAAAAGGGACAGAUGAAAGGGUGGAAGAUGAAGUAUAAAAGCACUGAGCGACUUCUGAACUUGUGUGCUGUGAUUUGCGAUAUUGGCUGUUUGUUCCAUACUUGUGAGACCUGUUGUACUUGGGAAUCUUAGCAUUGAUUAUAACAUGGUCAGGUCAUACACUGUCAUAUCACAGCAAUUUUGUACUACUUUGUAGAUUGCAUUCCAGAAAAUAACAAUGUGAUCUUUCAGAAAUGUGAAAUAAGUAUUUCACCAGAUAUUUGAUGACCUUUUUCUCUUCCCAAAACACAAUUUGUGCUAUGCCUUGUUUUGUAAAGAAAGUAGUUUACACUGAGGUUGAGUUACAUGUACAUUUAAGAGCAGAAUACUAUACAAGAAUUGAGAGCAUUUUUAUUAACACUUUUCUAUUGAUAACGUACACACACUGGCCAGUUUAUUAGGUACACCACCCCGUUCACAAAAAUGGAUUGCUUGUACAGACAGUGAGUCACUUGGCU